UGGUCCUCCCUUGAACCAUCAGCACACAGACCAGUGUCCACAGUACAACAACUACUAGUAGCAACUACACUUUCACUGAAGAGAUGGCUAUGGCUGGGGCCGUCGCGCUCAUGUCCGUGCUUGUUGCCACCUAUGGCGCUUGUGCCGCCGCCGCACAGCAGGAGCAGCAGCCGGCCGAGAACUACGACACCUCCGCGGCUUACAGCUCAGGCUGGCUCCCCGCCAGGGCCACCUGGUACGGCGCGCCCACAGGCGCCGGCCCAGAUGACAACGGCGGUGCGUGCGGGUUCAAGAACGUGAACCAGUACCCUUUCUCCUCCAUGACCUCCUGCGGCAACCAGCCUCUGUUCAAGGACGGCAAGGGCUGCGGCUCCUGCUACCAGAUACGAUGCGACAAGGACCAAUCCUGCUCGGGCAACAUCAAGACGGUGAUGAUCACGGACAUGAACUACUACCCGGUGGCCCAGUACCACUUCGACCUGAGCGGCACGGCGUUCGGCGCCAUGGCGAAGCCUGGCCUCAACGACAAGCUCCGCCACUCGGGCAUCAUCGACAUCCAGUUCAGGAGGGUGCCGUGCAACUUCCCCGGUCUCAAGAUCAACUUCCACGUGGUGGAGGGCUCCAACGCGGUCUACCUGGCGGUGCUGAUCGAGUACGAGGACAUGGACGGCGACCUGACCCAGGUGGACAUGAAGGAGGCCAACUCCGGGCAAUGGGUCCCGAUGCGCGAGUCCUGGGGCUCCAUCUGGCGGAUGGACUCCAACCACCGCCUCCAGGCGCCCUUCUCCAUGCGCAUCACCAGCGACUCCGGCAAGCAGCUCGUUGCCAACAAUGUCAUCCCGGCCAACUGGAGGGCCAACACCGACUACCGCUCCUUCGUUCAAUUCAGCUGAUCAUCGAUUAACUGACCAACCCCGGCCGGCCCGAUCGAUCGAGCCAGACACGUGCUCUCUGUCGAUCGGUCCAAAUCACUGCCUUAAUUUAUUUGCUCUUUGCAUGGGAUCGAUCAGGAAGUUUGAUGAGAUGCCGUCUGUCGGGCGUGUCAUAUAUGUGUGCAGUGGGGCGUCGUCCUGUAGCGUCCUCAACAUGCAUGUUUUCGGAAGAAGGGGAGGAAGGCAAGCUUUGCAUGUGCUCCAUCUCCCGUCCACUGACACUACCCAUAUGGAGUACAUCAUACUACCAGUGUGUAAUCAGAUCCAAGUUAUAAAUUUGUAAUUUUGUAUACGUACAGUGUGCGAUAUAUAUUCAAUUUAUUUCUCUGA